AGGAAUUUAUGUGCUUGAUUCUGAGUUGAUACCAUUUUCUCAAGAAACUGCUCUGUUUCUGUUAGGCUCUGUUUUAGCAGAGGAAAUAUGAGUGGGUUAGUGACAAGGAGGCAAAAUGGGUACUCAAGGAUGGAGAAGGAAGACCCAGAAGAGAAAAAGCACAGGCAAGCUCAGUUCUUGAUUUACAAGAUAAUGGAGCAGGCAAACAGUGGCACUAGGAGAAGAUCUUCGUGUCUCAGAAUCAGAAUAAGGAAGUUUAAGCUAAGGAUUGGGAGGAGGUUGAAGAAGCUGAAGAAGACGAUGUCAAUGGGGUUUUGCACUGCAAGAAAUGGGAUCUGCAAGCAAUUUGGACAGCUUAGAACUUGUAAGAGCUUGUUUGGACGACCUAAGGAGGAAGCUUUGGCCUUUCCUUCUUUGGUUUCUUGAGUGUUUGUCUUCUUAUCUUUGUUUUGUGGAGUUCUAUGUUUGAAAAGGGAAAUGCCUUUUGAUAUUGGAUGGAGAGUUCCUUUAUGCUGCCUCUAAUCUAAAAAUGAAACGAAAACGAAGGUAAAAGAUUCGGUUAUCUCGUUCA